GAUGGCAAAUGUAGUUUGGUGCAGCCUUAGAAAUUAACGUGAGGAAAUUGUUCAAAUUGGCGUAUUCUUUUUAUACGAUUUUGUGUGAAUGAUUGAUGUUUGCAAAAAAUAAUGUCCUCAAUUAUUAAGAGUGUGUUAGACUAUAUUAACGUGUGCCAUUAACAUUAGUUCCGCUUUGUUUUAGCCCGUACUCUUUUCGGUGUGACAGCAUUUUGUACAUGCUGCGGCGAAACUGUGACCGCUGUGUUAAAGAAGUCAGUCAUGCCGUUAAAUAUUCGCAUGUAGCUCCUCACUGACACAGUGGCUUUGGGAGUGGUAUAACCACCAUGGCUCGGGUUGUUAAAGUGUUUCGGACUUUGAGGAAUCACUGGAAGAAAUCCACACUUGCUGUGUGUGUCUUGUCCUACGGAGGCUACUGGCUGUAUGGUAAACAUUGUGACAGUGUGGUGCGCAGAGAGGCCUGCCUACUGGCCAGAGAGUUUGGACGCCAGCAGAUCGCGCCUCAGGAGGGACUGAAGAAAGCAACUGUGAUUCUGAACCCUUCAGCUUGUAAUGGGAAAGCCAACAAUUUAUUUGAAAAGAAUGCAGCUCCUAUUUUACACCUGGCUGGCGUGGAAAUUACAGUAGUGAAGACAGACUAUGAAGGUCAGGCUAAAAAGCUGAUGGAGUUUAUGGAGCAAACAGACAUGUUGAUCGUGGCUGGAGGGGACGGCACGUUGCAGGAGGUCAUCACAGGUUUACUGCGGAGACCAGACCAAGAGGCCUUCAGUCGUACACCAAUUGGAUUCAUUCCUCUGGGUUCCCAUAAUUCCCUGAGUCCAUCUCUUCAUUUCCUCAGUGACAACAAGGUCAAGGACAUUACAGCCGCCACGCUGUCCAUUCUGAAAGGAGAGACGGUACCUGUGGACGUGCUUCACAUUAAAGGAGAGAAGCAGCAGCCGGUCUUUGCUCUCAUUGGACUGCGCUGGGGAGCUUUUAGAGAUGUAGCAGCAAAGAUCAGCAAAUAUUGGUACCUUGGACCACUGAAGACAAAUGCAGCUCAUUGGUUUCACACCCUGAGGGAGUGGCCUCUGGUCCAGGACGUCUCGGUUUCUCUCAUGGCUCCCAGACCUCGGCCCCCUGACCUGCCCCCUCAGAAGCCCCCCAGGCCUAAUCUGCUGUACCGCAUCCUCUGCAGACUCAACAACUACUGGAGCCGUCCACCUGAAGAGCCUCCAAAACCAGAAGAACCUGAGAGGUGGGAGGAGCAGCAGCUGUCGACACCAGAGCUCUAUAUUCAAACCCACAACAAAAACCCAGUAGAGAAGCGGAUCAAUGACUCUUUGAUGAUCUGUGCUGAGCCACAAACCUUCACUGUGGGCGACUUCAUCACUGUUGGGAAUAAAAAAGUGAAGGAUCCAACACUUGUCACUGAAAACUCUACAAAACUGGAAGCAGGUGCUUGCCAGCUAAAGCUGCCUGAGGGCGCCGCCGGCUUCUAUAAUAUCGACAACGAGGAGUACGAGGCGAUGCCCGUGGAGAUAAGCCUGUUGCCAAGGAAACUACGCUUCUUCAUGAGUGCAGAGCGCAGAGAGCAGCUCCUCUCACAGCCACAGUGAUGACAGAACAAGACUAGAAAGGACUGACUUCCAGAGAAGCAGUUUGCCUGGACCUUCAGGUGGUUUCACCUGGUUCUAUUUUAACUCGCUUACAUAGAUUACAUUAAAAUAUGUUGUAUGGAAAAGGACCAAGGCUUUUCUGUGUUCAAAUCCCAAAUUCUUGUCUUUAAUUUCCAUAUAAAUAUAAAAAGCUUAGUGAAUAGUUUACAACUGUUAUCCCAAUAAAAAUCUCCCCUGUCCUGUUUAAUGUGA